AUGAAAAUUUGCAACUGCUUGGCAUUUCUAAUUUGGACUUGUAUUUUUUACGAGAUUCCUACUUUACUGUCACCGAAGAGGACUAGCGUGUAUUUGCAAGCUAAAAGGAUAAUGGGACUGGCUAAGGAUCAGGGAAAAGCCAUGCAUCGGACAAAGCGUGGAUGGAUGUGGAAUCAAUUUUUUUUAUUGGAGGAAUAUACUGGUCCAGAUACUCAAUAUGUGGGCAAGCUACACACUGACCAAGAUAAAGGAGAUGGAAAUUUAAAAUACAUAUUAACAGGAGAUGGAGCAGGCAGCGUAUUCGUUAUAGAUGAAAACACAGGAGAUAUUCAUGCAGCAAAAAGGCUGGACAGAGAAGAAAGGUCUCUGUAUGUGUUACGUGCCAAGGCUAUAGAUCGAAAUACUGGAAGACAGGUGGAACCAGAAUCAGAAUUUAUCAUUAAAAUCCAUGAUAUUAAUGACAAUGAGCCCAAAUUUACCAAGAAUAUUUAUACAGCCAAUGUUUCUGAAAAGUCUGCAGUUGGCACUUCUGUCAUUCAAGUAACAGCAACUGAUGCUGAUGACUCUAACUAUGGCAACAGUGCCAAAAUUGUAUAUAGCAUCCUCCACGGUCAGCCAUAUUUCUCUGUGGAUCCAGACACAGGUAUAAUCAAGACUGCUUUGCCAGAUAUGAGCCGAGAAAAUAGAGAACAAUAUCAAGUGGUCAUCCAAGCCAAGGAUAUGGGAGGCCAGAUGGGUGGAUUAUCAGGAACCACCACAGUGAAUAUCACCCUGACUGAUGUCAAUGACAAUCCACCUCGAUUCCCUCAGAGCACAUAUCAGUUCAUCUCUCUAGAGUCUGCACCACUUGGGACUUCACUUGGCAGAAUAAAAGCCAAUGACCCCGAUGUGGGUGAAAAUGCUGCAAUUGAGUACAGCAUUGCUGCCGGCGAUGGAUCUGACAUGUUUGAUAUCAUCACUGACAAGGACACACAAGAAGGGAUUUUAACAGUCAAAAAGCAAUUAGAUUUUGAAAAGAAGAAUCAAUAUAACCUAAAAGUAGAAGCGACUAACAUUCAUCCUGACCCACGAUUUUUCUACUUGGGACCAUUUAGAGACUCAGCUUUGGUCAAAGUUUAUGUGGAAGAUGUAGAUGAGCCACCUGUUUUUAAUUUACCAUCACAUUUAAUAGAAGUUGAUGAAGAUGUCAAAGAAGGCAGUAUCAUUGGGCAAGUAAUAGCCCAGGAUCCAGAUGCAACAAAUAACCUAAUCAAAUAUUCUUUGGAUCGCCACACAGAUUUCGACAGAAUAUUCAACAUCUACUCAGGAAAUGGUUCCAUAUUUGUUUCUAAGAGCAUUGAUCGAGAAGCGGCCCCAUGGCAUAACCUCACUGUUGUUGCAACUGAAAUUAGCAAUCCAAAACAAAGUACUCAGACUCCCAUCUUCAUUCGGAUUUUGGAUAUAAAUGAUCAUGCCCCAGAGUUUGCCAAGUUCUAUGAAACUUUUGUUUGCGAGAAUGCAAAAGCAGGACAGCUGAUACAAACUGUUAGUGCUGUGGAUAAAGAUGAACCACCACGUGGACACAAAUUUUUUUUUGAACUAGUGCCAGAGUACACAGUCCAUCCAAACUUCUCUAUUGUGGAUAAUAAAGAUAACACAGCAGGCGUUGUAACCAGACGGAAUGGAUAUAGCCGCAAUAAAAUGAGUACCUAUCUCCUGCCAGUAAUAAUAUUUGACAAUGACUACCCCAUCCAGAGCAGUACAGGCACACUGAGCAUCAAAGUGUGUGCCUGUGACAGCAGGGGAAAUAUGCAGUCUUGUAAUGCUGAAGCUUUGCUCCUUCCGGCAGGCCUUAGCACAGGUGCACUCAUUGCCAUUCUGCUGUGCAUUAUUAUUCUGUUGAUUUUGGUUGUGUUGUUUGCUGCAAUGAAGCACCAGAGGAAAAAAGAGCCCUUGAUCAUUUCAAAAGAUGAUGUCCGAGACAACAUUGUCACCUAUAAUGAUGAAGGAGGUGGGGAGGAAGAUACCCAAGCCUUUGAUAUUGGCACUCUAAGGAACCCUGAAGCCAGAGAAGAAAGCAAAAUGAGAAGAGAUGUGAUGCCAGAAACUAUUUUCCAGAUAAGGAGGACAGCAUCUUUGUGGGAAAACAUUGAUAUUCAAGAUUUUAUCCAUCGGAGACUAAAGGAUAAUGACUUGGAUCCAACUGCACCCCCUUAUGACUCUUUAGCAACAUAUGCCUAUGAGGGGAAUGAUUCUAUAGCAAAUUCACUUAGUUCUUUGGAAUCACUUACUGCAGAUGGUGGAAAUCAAGACUAUGACUAUCUGAGUGACUGGGGGCCACGAUUUAAAAAAUUAGCAGAUAUGUAUGGUGGAGAUGAGAGUGACCAGGACUAA